AUGGGCGGCUCGGUGCGAGGCAUCGUCGCGACGAACGCCUUCCAGGUCGACGUCGGCGGCGACGCGGCGGGCGGGCAUCAUCACCAUUUCGGCGUGUUUCCGGCCAUUUCGCGGCUCAACCACGACUGCGGGCCAAAUGCCGCAGCCUGGACGGGCAAGACGGACCUCGUGCACCGGGCGUUCGCUUCGAAGGACAUUGCGGCCGGGGAGGAGAUUAGCAUCUCGUACGUCGACGCGCUGGCGCCGCGCGCCGAGAGGAGGGCGCGGAUGACGGGGUCGUGGGGCUUCGAGUGUGCGUGUCGUCGGGCUUGA